CGCCAUCUACCGGCAGCAUCAUUUCUAAAACAUCAUUUGGGCCCCAAAAUUGAUUUAAUUGCAUUUAAAGCGCGAUGUCGUGUAAUUACGCGGACGGAUUAAGUCCGUACCACGAUAAAGGUGUAUUAGGAGUGCCAGAAAUCUUUGAAAGUGAUGAAAAAGUACGCGAAAAGUGCCAAAUACUCGCGGGGUGGAUAAAAACAUCUCGACACGUUGUUGUACACACCGGAGCUGGAAUUAGUACUUCCGCUGGUAUCCCCGAUUUCCGAGGACCAAAUGGAGUGUGGACUUUACAAAAAAAAGGGGAAAAACCGAAUAUUAAUAUUUCUUUUAAUGAAGCUGUUCCAACGAAAACUCAUAUGGCACUAAAAAAGUUAAUUGAUGAAGGUUUAGUGAAGUACAUUGUGAGUCAAAAUAUCGAUGGGUUGCAUUUAAAAUCGGGGGUUCAUCGAAGAUACUUAGGAGAGUUACACGGGAAUAUGUUUGUUGAGCAAUGCAAUGUUUGCGAUAGCCAAUUUGUUAGAUCUGAAGCAACAACCUCGGUUGGGCAAAAAAACUUAAAUAUAAACUGCAAAAGAUUUCAACGAUUCUGCAGAGGAAAGCUUUGCGAUACAAUUUUAGAUUGGGAAGAUAAUUUACCGGAUUUCGAUUUAAAACUGUGCGAAUUACACUCGCGAGUCGCCGAUUUAAACAUUUGUUUAGGAACAACGUUACAGAUCGUCCCCAGCGGUCGAUUACCAAUGUCGUGUAAAAAAUACGGCGGGAAAGUUGUCAUCGUUAAUCUCCAACCGACCAAAUACGACAAAAAAGCUGAUUUACGAAUUAAUUCCUACGUUGAUCUCGUUUUAAGCGAAUUAAUGAAUUCGCUCGACUUGGAAAUCCCCGAAUACAAAAUUGGAUUGGAUCCAACGAAAAAUGCGGAAUUAACUGACAAUAAAAUAGUCGUUGAGUGGACGAUUUCUAAAAGUUACAUCAAAGAGGCUCAAAAAUUGUUUGAUGUUCAUUGCAAAAAUCAUAAAAAAAGGAAAUUAGUUAGUGAUUUUAAAAGUAUUUAUCAAAAUAAAUGUAUUAAGACUAAAAAUGAGUGUAAGAUUGAGUUAAAAGAUGAGAUUUAAAGGCUAUUUUUAAGUUACGCUUUAUUUAACGUUAAGUUCUCGCUUUUGUACGCUAUUUUAUUCGUUUUUUAUAAUAAAUGUUUGAAUAUACAA